GCGUCCUUGACGUGUGCUUCCGGCGGCUUUCACGCUGGUUGCUCAGUCUCUGGGAUCACGGGGCUACUGUAGUGGGCACUGAACCGGUGGGUCACGGACCCAGGGAGCUAGAAGUCCACCUAUUUGAGCCUUGCAAUCUCUAACCAUGGACCGGGACCUUCUGCGGCAGUCACUGAAUUACCACGGGCCGUCACUGCUGUCCCUGCUUCGUACCGAACAGCUGGACAAUUCGCACUUCCGGAGCCUCCUGGGUUCGGCAGCCGAGUGUGCCAGGGGCCCGCCGCAGCCGCAGCCGUUACAGGGCAGAAAAGAGAAAAGAGUCGACAACGUUGAAAUACAGAAAUUCAUUUCCAAAAAAGCGGAUCUGCUCUUUGCACUUUCGUGGAAAUCAGAUGCACCUGCAACAUCUGAAGUUAAUGAAGACAAUGAAGAUUCUUAUGCAGUUAUGCCACCUUUAGAGCAAUUCAUGGAAAUACCUAGUAUGGAUCGGAGAGAGCUGUUUUUUCGAGAUAUAGAGCGUGGAGAUAUAGUGAUUGGAAGAAUAAGUUCCAUUCGGGAAUUUGGGUUUUUCAUGGUGUUGAUUUGUUUAGGCAGUGGCAUCAUGAGAGAUAUAUCUCACUUAGAAAUCACAGCUCUUUGUCCGUUAAGAGAUGUGCCUUCUCACAGUAACCAUGGGGACCCUUUAUCAUAUUACCAGACUGGUGAUAUCAUUCGAGCUGGAAUCAAGGAUAUUGACAGAUACCAUGAAAAGCUUGCAGUAUCUCUCUAUAACUCGUCUCUUCCACCACACCUAUCUGGUAUUAAAUUAGGUGUAAUUAGUUCUGAAGAGCUUCCUUUGUACUACAGGAGGAGCAUUGAACUAAAUAGCAAUUCUUUGGAAUCCUAUGAUAAUAUCAUGCAGAGUUCCUUGGGAUUUGUUAAUCCAGGAGUAGUUGAAUUCCUUCUAGGAAAACUAGGAAUAGAUGAAUCUAAUCCACCAUCUUUAAUGAGAGGCCUACAAAGCAAAAAUUUCUCUGAAGAUGACUUUGCUUCUGCAUUAAGAAAGAAACAGUCUGCAUCUUGGGCUUUAAAAUGUGUGAAGAUUGGAGUUGAUUAUUUUAAGGUUGGGCGCCAUGUAGAUGCCAUGAAUGAAUACAAUAAGGCUCUGGAAAUAGACAAACAAAAUGUGGAAGCUUUGGUAGCCCGUGGAGCAUUAUAUGCAACAAAAGGAAGUCUGAACAAAGCAAUAGAAGAUUUUGAGCUUGCAUUGGAAAACUGUCCAACUCACAGGAAUGCAAGAAAAUACCUCUGCCAGACGCUUGUAGAAAGAGGAGGGCAGUUAGAAGAAGAAGAAAAAUUUUUAAAUGCUGAAAGUUACUAUAAGAAAGCUUUGGAUUUGGAUGGCACUUUUAAAGAUGCAGAGGAUGCUUUACAGAAGCUUCAUAAAUAUAUGCAGAAAUCUUUGGAAUUAAGAGAAAAACAAGCUGAAAAGGAAGAAAAGCAGAAAACAAAGAAAAUAGAAACAAGUGCAGAAAAGUUGCGUAAGCUUUUAAAAGAGGAGAAAAGGCUAAAGAAGAAAAGAAGGAAAUCAUCAUCUUCUUCAAGUGUUUCUUCUGAUGAUGAAUCAGUUUCUUCUUCAUCAUCAUCUUCCUCUUCUGGUCAUAAACGGCAUAAGAAACAUAAAAGGAACCGUUCAGAGUCUUCUCGAAGUUCCAAAAGGCAUUCAGCUAAGGCAUCCUCACAUCACAUAGAUGAGACUAGGAAAGAUGAGUACUUCCCAGUUCCAGCCAAUACAUCAGCAUCUUUUCUUAACCAAAGACAAGAAAUGGAAAAACUACUGGAAAAGCAAGAUAGGGUACCAUCUGAAAAGAAACAGGCAAAAGAGAAAGAUAGAUGUCCUGUCUCUUCCUCAUCAGUUGAAAUUCCGGAUGAUUUUGGAGGUAGGUCCGAAGAUCCAAGAGAUUUUUAUAAUACCGAUAAAACUCAGGCAAGUAGUAGCAAAACAGAAAAACCAUAUAAAUAUGAAAGACAUUUUUCUAGUAGAAGAGAUUCCUCAGAUUCCUUCUCUAAGAAUCCAGAAGACAAGUUAAAAAUUUAUGGUUAUAGAAAAUGUGAAAAAGAUACAGAGGGAAGAAAAGAGCACUAUAGAAAAUGGGAGCCAGGCUCCGUGAGGUAUUCCACUUCACCAGCAAGCUCAGACCACUCUUCAAAGUCCGUUGAAAAAUAUAAAAAAUAUUACGGAUCACGUGAUUUCAGUAGACAUGAACAAAGAUACCAGUUAAGUAAAAAUCAUAGAGAAUAUGAAAGAGAGGAUAAUUAUGAGGAGGAUAUUAAAACUGAGGUUCCUGAAAAAGAUGAGCUAAAUAGCAAAGAGCAUUCAGACAGUGGAGUUAGAAAAAAUUUACCUCAGAAUUUACUUAAUAUAUUUAAUCAGAUAGCUGCAUUUGAGAAAGAAAAAGGAAAUAAGCAAAAAAGUUAAUAUGCCAAGGGAGUCAGCACUAUUAUUUAAAGGCUAUUAAUACAAGUUUUGGGUCUUUUAGUUAUAACAGUCCAGUGCAGAAAUCUUCUAAAGUUAUUCGUAGAUACUAAAGAAAGCAAAUAAUUUUUAGCUAUUGUCAUAUAGUUGUUUUAGUUGUUGGUCCCCUUUCACAGCUUGAUUUGUAGGCUUUAAUAUAUAUAUUUAUGUAUAGUAUUUCUUACUUUGGUGACUUAAACUUCAAGAUAAUUCUCUGAGUGUUUCUUAAUUGUAUUAUGGUAUAUGAGAAUUCCUUGAAUCGACCUUAUCCUGCUGUUUGAGAAAAAAUUAAAUUUGUGCACUGAACAUUUGGGUUGUUGUCAUCAAAAAUGAUUUCAUUCUCUUCUCUGUUAAGAGCCCCCAACUUUGAAAGAUACAUUUAAAUAUUCUUUAAGUAAUACUCUAUAUUAAUUUUUUACUAACUUUUAAAAUGGUACAUAGAUUAUCUUGUCUAAUUGGCUUCUAAAGCCAAAUUCAAUUUAAAAAAGACUAUACCAGCUUAACAAAUAUCUUAGGAAUAAAGCAUGAAAAUUGAAUAGGAGUCCAUUUCUAUUUUUCUUUAUUCCUUUCUUUUUGUUUCUUCCUCUCCCCCUCCCUCUUCUCUUCCUCCUCCUACUCUCCCCCUCUCUUUCUAUUUAUUUACUUACCUACUUUAUUGCUUAGCAGUAUAGCCCUAAGAAAAAAUUUUAAAUAUUGGCAAGACUUUAGAGACUACAUUCUGGGCAAGAAUGGAUCAGAAUAGAAAAACAGUACUUUAGCAAAAGCAGUUAGCAGUAGCAAGAAAAGCACACUAUAAAUCUGGUUUUCUCUAGCAAGAAAGAAAACUAGGAACUCCUAGUAUUGCACAUGUCCGUCCAGUUUGGAGCCCACUGGUCAUGUUUUUAAAUAGCCUAGAGCUGGCCUGCACUUUGGCUUUUCUUCCUUGACACCUGCUUCCCCCGAUGCCUCUUCUCUCAGAGUCUGAAUAAAUGACUAGGCCAACAAAGGCUGGAUUUAUUCAGAAGAAAUUCCCAGCAACUGGUGCUGAAGAAAGGAUGGGUUGUAUGGAUCGUCCCCAAAUUAUUGAAAGCAAUAUAGUUUAUUAUUUGGGAGAUACAGAUAGGAGUGAUAGGUAUUGUGUUUAUGGUGGCUUUUAGAAUCUUUCGAAUUAAUGGGCCUUUAAGAUUAUCAUUCAUGAUACUGGAUGGAUAGGUUGGGGGAUAGGUGAGUAUCCAUCUACAGAGGUCUAAGUAUGAUUGAGGAGGAAGACACUUUCAGUCAUUGUUUUGUCUGACUAUUCUUGCCAAUAGUAAAAUACCAAAACUUUCGAGUAUAACUGGGUAUGUACUAUUUGUGACCUUUGGACUUCAGUGAUGGGAGCUUAAUGAUUUAGCUAAAGUUUUUGCAAUGCAACAGGAAGAAACUGGUCAAAGACAGUCAGUAGUAGCAAGAGGAAUUAGUCACUCAGACAUCAGUCUUUGUACCAAGAAACUCACAUUAAAAAAAUUUUUUUAUUGUAGUUUUUCCAUUACCAUUUAGUGCCCUUAUACCAACUUUCCCCUCCCCACCAAAAUCAACACACUGUUGUCCAUGUCCAUGAGUCAUUUUUCCUCAAUCCUUCCACCCUCUCAUCUCUCCCACCCCCUUUUAGCUGUCAUCCCGCUGUCCAUCUAUAUAUGGGUCAAUCUCUAUUUUGCUUGUUAGUUCCAUUUGUUCGCUAGAGUCCACAUAUGAGUGAAAUCAUACAGUAUUGGUCUUUCUCUGGCUGGGUCAUGUUCUGCAGGUCCCUCUACACUGUUGCGAAGGGUAAAAUUUUUUUUACAGUCAAGAAGUAUUCUGUUGUGUAAAUGUCCCAUAGUUUUAUCUAUUCGUAUACAGAGGGACACUUGGGCUGCUUCCAUAUCUUGGUGAUUGUAAAUAAUGCUGCAGUGAACAUACAGGUGGUUACAUUCUUUCAAAUUGGUGUUUUCGGUGCCUUCGGAUAUAUUCCCAGAAGUGGGAUUGCCUGGUCAAAAGGAAGAUCCAUUUUUAAUUUUUUGAGGUUAUCUCUAUAUUGGUUUUCAUACUGGCUACACCAGUCUGUAUUCCCAUAACAGUGCAAAAGGAUUGCCCUUUCUCCACACCCUCGCCAGCACUUCUUUGUUGGAGUAUUGACAAUAGACAUUCUGACAGGUGUGAGAUGGUGUAUCCUUGUGGUUUUAAUUUACAUUCUCUGAUAAUUAGUGAUGUUGAGCAUUUUUUCAUAUGUCUAUUGUCCAUCUGUAUGUCCUCUUUGAAGAAUUGUCUACUCAGGUCUUUUGCCCUUUUUUUUUAAUUGGGUUGUUUUUUGGUAUUGAGUUUUAUAAGUCCUUUAUAAAUUUUGUAUAUUAACCCUUUUUCAGAUGUAUUGGAGAAUAUGUUCUCCCAUUCUUUGUGUUGUCUUUUUAUUUUGUUGAUGUUUUCCUUUGUUUUGCAAAAACUUUUUUAGUUUGAUGUAGUCCUAUUUAUUUUUUUUUUGUUUCUGUUGCCUGAGGAGAUAUAUCAGAAAAAAUAUUGCUAUGAGCAGUGUCCAAGAUUUUGCUUGCCUAUGUUUUCUAUGAUUUUUAUGCUUUCGGGUCUAACAUUUAAGUCUUUGAUCCAUUUUUAAUUUAUUCUUGUGUGUGGUAUAAGAAGGUCAUCUAGUUUCAUUUUGCUGCACAUAUUUGUCCAACUUCCCCAACACCAUUUAUUGAAUAAGCUAUCUUUAACCCAUUGUAUGUGCUUGCUUCCUCUGUGGAAUAAUAAUUGACUAUAAACAGAAAGAAACUGGUCAAAAACAAUAGGUAGUAUCAGGAGGAGGUAGUCACUUGGAUAUUCGUCUUUGCACCAAGAAAUUCAUCUUAAAAGAGUCCUCAGUUUCUGUGUAUUGAGAGCUACACAGUGGCUCUACAUAGUGUUAUCACUACAUAGUGGUGCGUCUAAGAGCCCUUGGCCCUUAGGAAUUCCUAGUACAACUUCAGAAUUUUACAUACAUGAUUUUUACUUAAUUUAUUCAAGCAUCACUAUCAACCAGCACUGUAAUUUCCCAGAGCAUCUUUGUGGGUGGCUUACUGUUACAUUUGGAUACCAAAAACAUCAGGAUAGUACCUUAUACAAUAGCUGGUAUGAACUCCAUCUAGCCUGGAGCUGCUUUCCUGGGACAUAGUAAACUUAAGCAGAGUACACACACCACCUCAGCAAAAAAAUAGUUUGGGAUGUAUACUUGUCAAGAAUACCUAAUGAUACCUUCAAUUUUUUCCCUUACCAUCAUUAUGUCUCUAGUUUAUAUAUACCCAGGCUGUGUCCUGGUUUCCAUAAGAAAGCUUUAGCUAAACCUUUGGUAACUGUUACUCCCUAUAAGGAAAGAAGCACAGAGAACUAACUUUCCCAAGGUCACAGAGCUAGUAAGAUACAAUCCCUGUCUUCAACAGUAUGUAAUAUUAUUUUAAGUUUGAAGUAAUUUACAAAGAAAUAUAGGCAGAAAAUAACUUCCAACAUGACUAUCAGAUUACUCAGUUUUUAGAUCUUACAAAAUAAAAUCCCAUGCAUUAGAAUGAUAUUUCAGCCAAAAACUUGUUAACCAGCUUUUUUACCCAUCUUAUUCAUGUGACCUAGAAAUACCAUUGCUGGUUAUUUCUGAAAUUAGUAAUAUUUUCAAAUAAUGAUCAAACAGAUUUAAUGCCACUACUACCUUUCAAAAGAGACUACAAAUAACAGUUCUAAACAGUGACAAUUAUAAAUAUUUUUCCCACAGUUUGAAGGAGACAGUACGCAAGUAUUUAGAUUCUAAUACAUUUAUUUGAAAACUAGUAACAUUGUACUCAUACUCCACAGUAUUACAAGA